AUGCUUUGGGACCCCGAUAGCGUCGUGCAGUGGGUGGACAAACCCACCGUCGUCCCAGACAACGGUGCAAGUUUUUUAACAUCGGUCGUCGGCUCAUGGACCAUCAUCAGACGCCAGCAAGCGGUCUGGAAUGGUAGUUUUACGCGCCGUGUCGCAGUCGUCGCAAAAUACCGCUCGUCCUCGGAAAGGUUGUUGGUCGUUGAAAUGCACACUGCAGCCAUGCCUGUGGUUCGUAAAGCCUUCUGGUAG